CAUAUAAUUCGUCAUUCCUCCUCGCAUAUUUAUAUCAAACUUCCUAACCCUUCUCCUCCCUUUUUCUAUUUUUCAUAUGAAUCAAUGCUUAAUUGUAUGUCUGUUGGGUAUACAGAAUAAUCAGUUAUUGUAUUACAUUGAUUUCGCUUGUUAUUUCUGAUCGUAUGUGCACAGAUCUACAAUUUUUAUCAAUCGUUAAUAUAUUUUUAAUAAAGCGGGAUCAACAUAAUUCUUCUCGUUUGCUAAAAGACACGAGAAUCAUGAAAUCCUCAACGUAUAUAAAGAGGAAAAUGAGGGAAUUAUCUCAUACGAAAAACUUCACGUCUAUUUCAUGAACAACUACUGCCAAAAGUUACGUUUGCUAUGCAUGCUUCUCUGUAUUGCACAGUCUUUUCUCGUUGUUAACGCUGGUUCGUUGAGUGGCUCGGCAGUAAUCACACCUCAAGAUUACUAUGGACUUCCUGCUAAAGCCCUUGCUAACAAUCCUCCUGCUUGCGGAAUGCCUUAUAACCAACUAAAUCUGGCCUUAAUUACUGCUGUCGAAAAAAUGGAUACUUCGUCCACUUGUAAUCAGUGUUUAAAGGUUGUAAACACACGUAAACCCUCUGUUUUUAUUUACGUGUUAGCUGUUGAUUUAGGUGGAAGCGGUUUGGAUCUAAGUAUACCUGCCUUCAAUUACCUGUUCAAUCAAAGUUACGAUGCGUCUCCCGCAAGCUGGUCUACGGUAGAUUCUUCUUAUUGCGAAGGUAUAUAUACACCAGGGAAGGUCAAUACCAGACAAGGAAUUGCUGCCACUGUCGGUGUAAUAUCAAGUAAAACAAGUACAAGAUCUUCUACUACUCAGGUUUCGAAAACUACCACUGUCAGUGUAACAUCGAGUACAAAAAAGAUAAGAUCCUCUACUAAUAAGGUUUCGAAAACCACUACAACCUCUAACAAAAGAACGAGCACGACAAAAACUAGACGCUCUUCUACCGUUGUCAACAAGCGAAGAACUAAGAGAAAGUUCAAGCCGGCUACUACUUUCAAUGAUAAGAAAAGAAGGAAGCAACAUGGGAGGCACAAUUUAAACGACCUUUGGAUUUAAACAACCAAAUAGAUCUCACACACACAAUUAGCAAUUGAAAUAUGACAAAAUCCUUAAACAGUAAAUGCUGGCCGAUAUUGGUAAAACAAUUUAAUGUCACUUUGC